AUGUCAAAGAUCUCAGCAGUUUUGAUUGAUUUGAGUGGAACUCUCCACAUUGAAGAGCUUGCAAUUCCUGGAGCACAAGCAGCUCUUGAACUUCUCAGACAACAUGUUCAAGUCAAAUUUGUCACGAACACUACAAAGGAAUCUCAAAAUCUUCUGCACCAAAGACUAAAAAGUUGUGGAUUUCAAAUUGAAAAACAUGAGAUUUUCACAAGUUUGAGUGCCGCUCGUGAUCUCAUUCUUAAGAAUCAGUAUCGCCCGUAUUUUAUUCUGGAUGACAAAGCAAUGGAGGAUUUCGAAGGAAUCUCAACAGAAGACCCAAAUGCAGUUGUUAUUGGGUUGGCACCGGAGAAAUUCAACGAUGGAAUCAUGACGGAAGCGUUUCGAUUGAUUAAAGAAAAAAACGCGUCAUUAAUUGCCAUUCACAAAGGGCGAUACUAUCAGAAGAAGGAUGGCCUUCAUCUUGGUCCAGGAGCAUAUGUGGCUGGAUUGGAAUAUGCAACUGGAGUUGAGGCGAAAGUUGUUGGAAAACCUGAGAAGUUGUUCUUCGAAUCUGCACUCAAAACUCUUGGUGAAAAUAUUGACUUUUCGAAUGCAGUUAUGAUUGGAGAUGAUGUGAAUGACGAUGCUCUCGGAGCAAUCAAAGUGGGAAUGCGUGCAAUAUUGGUCAAAACUGGAAAGUUCAGAAGUGGAGACGAAUUGAAAGUCAAAAAUGUGGCGAACUCGUUCGUUGACGCCGUCGACAUGAUCAUUGAAAAUAAGGUGGAGAAUGAUUAG